AUGUCCUAUAGUUCGUUUGAAGGUCCUAAGACCUUGUAUGAUAAAGUUUUUGAUGCUCAUGUUGUUUACAAGGAUGAGUCUGGUUCUUAUUUGAUAUACAUUGAUAGGCAUUUGGUACAUGAGGUUACUUCUCCGCAAGCUUUUGAAGGGUUGCAAAAUGCAGGUAGGAAGGUUAGGAGACCGGAUUGUACGCUUGCUACAGUGGACCAUAAUAUUCCCACGGAAUCUAGAAAGAAUUUCAAGAAUACUGGGACAUUUAUCAAGGAAGCAGAUUCCCGUUUGCAAGUUCAGACGUUGGAGCAGAAUGUGAAGGAUUUUGAUGUGGCUUUCUUUGGGAUGAGUGACGAACGGCAGGGAAUCGUGCAUAUUAUUGGACCGGAGCAAGGGUUUACAUUACCUGGGACAACUGUUGUUUGUGGAGAUUCCCACACUUCGACUCAUGGUGCUUUUGGAGCUUUGGCGUUUGGGAUAGGUACCUCUGAGGUGGAGCACGUUUUAGCUACUCAGACUGUUAUCCAAACGAAGUCGAAGAAUAUGAGAAUAUACGUUGAGGGAAAGUUGCAGAAUGGAAUAACUUCUAAGGAUCUUAUCCUUCAUAUUAUUAGUAUAAUAGGUACGGCUGGUGGUACUGGUAGUGUUAUUGAAUUCGCUGGUCCGGCCGUAGAAGAACUAUCAAUGGAAGCUCGUAUGUCUAUGUGUAACAUGGCUAUUGAAGCAGGUGCCAGAGCAGGUAUUAUCAAGCCAGAUGAAAUUACCUUAAAUUACGUAAAGGGGAGACCACUGGCACCAAAGGGAGCUCAGUGGGAUAAAGCUGUGGCAUAUUGGAAGACGUUAUAUACUGACGAAGGUGCUAAGUUUGACUAUGAUAUCACUAUUAAAGCAUCUGAUGUUAUCCCCACGAUUACAUGGGGAACAUCACCCCAGGAUGCGCUUCCAAUAACUGGAUGUGUUCCAGACCCUACUAAUGUGACUGAUCCAAUUAAGAAGCUGUCAAUAGAAAGUGCUUUGAAGUAUAUGGGCUUGGAACCAAAUACGCCUUUAAAAGAUAUUACAAUCGACAAAGUGUUUAUUGGCUCAUGUACUAAUGCGAGAAUUGAAGAUUUGCGUGCUGCUGCUGCCGUAGUUAAAGGAUACAAAAGGGCACCCACCGUUAAAAGGGCCAUGGUGGUUCCAGGAUCUGGUUUAGUGAAGCAGCAAGCUGAAAUCGAAGGUCUAGAUAAGGUAUUUGAGGAAGCAGGUUUUGAAUGGAGAGAAGCAGGUUGUUCCAUGUGCUUAGGUAUGAAUCCUGAUAUUUUAGAGCCAGAAGAGCGUUGCGCUUCUACUUCUAAUAGAAAUUUUGAGGGACGCCAGGGUGCUCUCUCACGUACUCAUCUAAUGUCCCCUGCUAUGGCUGCGGCAGCUGGUAUAGCCGGUCAUUUUGUGGAUAUUAGGGAAUUUAAGUAUAAGAACAGCGAUGUUCCAAAAGUAUCUGUUGAGCAGGAUAUUCAAGAUAGUUCAUUAUACGAAGCUGUCUACGAUGACGAGAAAAAACCUUUGAGCAGUGAUAACUCUUCUCAAGAACAGCAUUCCUUCGAAAAUCUAAAGGAUAGCUCGUAUUCUAACGGAAAUUCCAAUAAAAAAUCCAAGCCCUCUGGAGGUGCAGCAGCAAUUCAGCCAUUUUUGAAAUUGAGUGGUAUUGUUGCCUAUUUAGAUAAAUCAAAUAUUGAUACCGAUGCCAUUAUUCCCAAGCAGUUUUUGAAGACUAUCAAAAGAACGGGAUUGAAAUCUGGUUUGUUUUACGAUUGGAGACAUUCCAAGGAUCAAAAUGGUAAUAUUACCAAAACAGAUUUUGUUCUAAAUGUUGAACCCUACACUCAGGCAAAAAUUUUAGUUGUUACAGGUCCCAAUUUCGGUUGUGGAUCUUCUAGAGAGCAUGCUCCUUGGGCUUUGAAGGAUUUUGGCAUAAUGUCAAUUAUCGCACCAUCCUUCGGUGAUAUUUUUUACAAUAACUCCUUUAAGAACGGAUUAUUACCAAUUAGGCUACCCCAAGAGAUCAUUUUGAAUAAAUUGUAUCCGCUAGCUGUUGAAGGUAAAACCAUUACUGUUGAUUUGCCAGGACAACAAAUACUAGGUCCCUCAGAUGAGGUUUUAGUUGAUUAUUUUGAUGUUGAGCCCUUUAGGAAGGACUGCUUGGUUAAUGGUUUAGAUGAUAUUGGCAUAACUUUACAGAAAGAAGAAUUUAUUGAAAAGUAUGAGGAAAUGAGAAGAGAUAUAUUCUCUUUCCUUGAAGGUGGAUCCAAACUAAUUCAGCCAAUAAAAGGCACCAAGAAAAGCAUCUUCGGUCUUAAAACCCAGGAAUGGUAA